UUUCAAUUUAAUAUUUGCUCGACUACUUUACUACCCUUCUUCUCUCGGUCAACCAGGCAAACAUGGAAGACAGAACCUGGCACGGCACACAACGUGUUCGACGAAAUGUCUGAGAGAAAAAAUUCAACGCAGACCGCAAAAGCGACGGAAAAAUCCAGCCAAAUCUACAAAACUCGCAGCAACGAGCAGUAGUUUCAGGAAGGAGAAGAGAGAGGCGGCGAGAAAUGCCGUUCAGCGGCGCAUUUUUGGUGUCAGUGGCGACGGUUUCCGCCGAGAUUUGGCAGCGCGUGGCGUGCUUGCCGGAACACAUCCCCGGCGAGCAGUUAUUGGAUCUGGUCCUCUGUUUCCCCGCCCGAGAGCUGGGCCGUAUGGCUAUGCACCUCUGGGAUUUCCUCUGCUUCUCGCCGCCGACGCCAUAUUACGGUAUUACUUACGCUUACACCUCUUCCGAUGACGACGAUAGCGACUACGGGCGGCCUUAUGCUGGCCUAGAGUACUACGACGACGACGACGACGAUGAGGACUCGUCGAGCUCCGGUUGAGUCUCCGAUCAAUGGUGGUUUUUCUUGUAAAGUUUUAUUAUUAUAUGAUGAUUAUAUGAAAACCCUUUUGAAUUGGUCUCUGUACUGUAUAUUAUAUAUUAUUAUCUUCUUGUUUUUGUCUUUU